UUUUAAACGAAAGGCCGCAAAUACUAAAACGAAAAAUUGAAAGGAAACAAAAAAAUCAGUUCAGUGAAAAUGGCUACCUGUAUUGUUGGAAUAAAAGUGGUUACAGAAAUUAAAUAACCAAUACAACUUAUAGGUAUUUAUAGAAACGAUAAGACUGUCAACAAUUUCCACAACAAAAUUUUGUUUAUAUUAAGUAUAAAACCGAUACCAUAACUAAAUGUGUACAUAAUGAAUAAUAGUAGUCAAACGGUUCAAAACUCUUCGGCGAUAGCAUUUUUGCAACAUCAGCCCGAUUUAUUAGCAAAUUUGUUAAUUAACAGACAAUUACAGCUUGGUGACAUUGAACCUCCAUAUUCCUCUAUAUCAAGAAACAUUGCUGCAAAUGCUUCAAUAAUUAACUCACAUAUUUCGAACAUAACAGCGCAAGGAAAUCCAGUUGUAAUUUCAAAUAACGUCGGUCAGGAGUCGUUGUCAACUUCACGAGAAAUUCAGGAUAAACAUGACCAACAAUUUUCAAAUGGUCAACAUAAUUUUAACGCUAAUAACAUUAGUUUAUUAACGACUGUGCCAAAAGGAUUACAUGACUCUCGUAGUCAAACUGUUUACAACAUUAAGAAUUCUAUAGAUAGAGAUAUGAACCAUGUGCAUGAAAAUGAAUCAUUGGAUAUACAUCAUCAGCUACCUACACAACAGGAACAAAUUUAUCAACAGCAACAGCAACAGUUAAAUAUGUUGCAGCAACAUUCAUCUAAUCGCCAACAUAGUAUUCCAGCUCUAAUAACACAAUCACAUAACAUAAAUCAACAGCAUUAUCCUACAUAUUUGCAACUAAAAUCGCCUCCAUCCUCAUUCAGUUCAAUGCAAUCAUUUUAUAUACCUAAGGAAUCAGCUAAUGGAACCACUGCCAAUAUGGUACCUGCUAGUAGUACAUUACCAUCAGUACAUACUAUAACAACACCUGCUGCUAUUAAUAUAUGCAUCAAUAAUCAUUAUUCCGAUAGUGUAAAUACAAAUAAAUCAGUUAACUCCCCACCUACAUCUGUUGCAACAUUAGCAAAGGCACCGCCUCAACAAACUUCUCCUAUUAUUCCAGCUAUAAAUCAUAAAAUUGUAAUUGACCCUAAUAAUGGGUAUCAUAUUGAUUCUUAUUCAAGUGCAGAAUCUGCGCUUAUAAUUGAUGAACCAGACUCAACCACUACUACUCCAAAUACUCCACCAGAAAAUUCUUCAGCAGAAUUGUUAAAAGCAGAAAAAGUAUUACCAAUAAUAGAAAAUGCUACAAGAACAAGUUGUUUUCUUUACAACACUAAAGAAGACGAGGAAAGUAAAUCAGAUGCGUUAUCUCCAAACAAAGAUCCAACAGAUAAUCGUAAUAGUAUUCAACCUGAUAGUGACGAAGUUAUGUUAACUACAGUUUCAGUAUCUAGUACACCGAUAGUUACAUUUAAUAAUGGGGAUUCAGUGCUUGUUAAGCAUCAUGAUGGGCAAUAUUAUUUAGGUACUGUUAUGAACAGUACAAAAUAUGAAUUUUUAAUACGUUUUGAUGAUAAAUCGGAGUUAUGGUGCAACACUGAUGAAAUUCGUAAGCAAAAUAAUGAGGACGUUGUUCAAAUAUGUGAACGAUGUGGUCAUGGAUAUCAUCGAAAUUAUACUAAUGAAACCAGACUAGGCAGUUAUGAAUACAUAUGUAAAUGUUGUGUUAAGCCAAUGAAUGUAUCUGUAAACGAGAAGUAUGAAAUUGAAGCAAAUAAUAUUCGAAGUUCAUCAGAAAACGAUGAGAAAGAAAAGCAAGCGAAUUGCUACUGUGGAAGUACUAAUAGUUCUGAAGAAAAGCUUUUAGAAUGUAGUAAAUGUUGUAAUUUGUUUCACAAAACCUGCAUAAAAGACAUAAAAUUGUUCCCACUACAGGAGGAUGGGCUUUUAGUAUUUUGUUGCAAAGUAUGCAACAAUGGGGAAGAAUUUUUACGUCAUAUUGAAAUACCUUGGGAUGAUUUACUGCAUUUAUAUAUGUAUAACUUAUCUAUAAGGAACAGUUAUCAAAAAUACUUCCAUCUUAUAGAAGAGAUUUUACCAUUUAUUUUGGAAAAUCAGAUUUUGUUACCAAUUUCAAAACAGUGGACGCAAAUGCCUCAGACUGAAUUAAUAAAAAUAAUUAAAACAACGUUAGAAGAACGCACGGAUAUAUUCAUAAAAAAUCAAAAUGUAGUAGACGAACAAUAUUAUACUUUACGUUUAAUUGGACCACCUAACAUUGCAAAACUGAAUAUAAAUCCGAAAGACAAACUAACUUAUGAGUUUUUAACAAAUGUAAUAAAAUUGCCAUUACAUAGUUCUUCGAAUUAUUUCGAGUAUUUUAGAAUGUUUGAACAAAAGGAUAUAUAUGAAUUUCAUUCAGAAAGUGAAGAAACAUCAGAAGAUGAAAUUCGUUGUAUCGAGAAAGUGAAAAAAGAAAAUCCGGAUUUCAAAGAAAAUGUAGAAGUGAUUGCGAAAGAACAGAUGGAAAAUAAUAAACUUAAUAAUGAAAACAAAAUGUUGCCAAAAAACGAAAAAACAAGUCGAAAAAGAAAACAUUUUUCACUAUAUAAUAGUUGCAAGGAACUUGUAGAUGGCACCUGCUCUAAUCGUUAUAACAAAAUUAAAACCUGUGAUACAUCUUCAGAUGAUAAUUCUAGCAGCAGUCGCAGUACAUCGUUAGAUUUGAUAAUACCACCACCAAAAAAUUUUUUAGGAGCUAACAAUCCAUUCCUUAUGUUGACACCAAAAAAAAAUACUGAGUCAAAUAAACAAUUUAUAAAUCAGUAUACGCGUACUAACACCGUUAAAAACAAUUGUGUAGUUAACAUACCACCACUAGAUUUCAGUUCGAAAUUAAAUGCUCUUAAUUUUAUAAAAGCUGCUGGUCAGCCAAGAACUGUUCGCACUAUUAAGCGAAGACUAAGUGCCAAAGAUAUUACAAUUGGACCAAACCAGGAAGUUAGACGACGCCGUACACGUCGUUUAAAUACAUCUGUUGAGGUUAUUAGUACAACAACAAUAAAUCCAAUUCAUGGUAGAGUGCGCUUAUCUACUAAAGAAUUGUUAGGAGCUCAAAGCAUUCUUCAGUCAUCGAAUUCUACACAAUCUUAUUCUACAAUAUCUUCAACACAAGUUCCAUCAACAGAAAAUAUUUCUAUAAGAUUAACAGAAAAUAAAGGCAGUAGACGCCUUCGAGAUCGUCCACAAAAAAGUUCAAACUCGCGUACCUUUUCCACACAAACAAAUCAGUUGAAUCUAAAAGAAUCUGUGAACAAAUAUUUUGGCGUUGGAAAUCUAUUUGAGUCAGGUGAAAAAUUUUCAGUACAUGCUAAAAGACUAUUACCUAAUGGUCAAACACAAUAUUACAUUGUUUUUGGUGAAAAUGGAGUGAAUAGUAUACCAACGAGUACGAGUACGUAAAUUAAAAUUAAAAUUUUUUAUGGAUCAUAUUAGGGGUAUUCAUUGCAGUAAACUUGCUAUUUGUUAUAAUUACGAUAUUUUUGUACUAAUUCAAUUCCUGGCAUACACUAUCGUAAUUAACUUGAAAAAUAUGACGGAAUAACAGUCACUUUAUAUACAAAAUCCAUACAAAAAUGCAGUAAAGUGGUACAAUAAUUACAAGUAUAAACAUAGUAUUACAUGCAAUUUAUUGACAUUAAAAAUGUUAAUAA